AUGUCAAAACAACAAAAGAAGAAUGAUCUAAUUGAAUUCAUAGAUAAAGAAUAUACAAUAGACUUUGAUAAAUUACUAGAAAAAUUAUCACAACCAAUAGAAUCAGAACCAACUUUACCACAAUAUCAACCUUUAAACCCAACUGAACAACUAUUCUAUUCAAAAAUCAAAUUACUAUUCAAUAAUAAGAAACCAGUAAUACUAACAAAUCUAGAAAAAGCAACUUAUUUAAUCUGUGCAAUACGAUCCAACGAACCAACUGAAAAAUUACAAGAAAUAGCUCAAAAAUUCAAUCUAAACCUAAAAGAAGCAAUCAAAACAACAAAAUCAAAAUACCAACUUAAAUAA